AUGAUCUUCCAUCAGAUUAAUAUCAGUCUUGGUCAACGGCAAACACCCAGCACUCCUCCUCCUUCUUCUUCUCCUCCUCCUGCGCAGCCGACAACCUUCCCUGCAACGUGUUUUUCUCCUGGAUCUGUGUCACCAGCAAGCCAAAAAUCACCCCGAAGUCCUUCGAAUCGAACUGGGACUCACGAACAGCAACGCAAGGUGUUUUUACAGCAUUUGACGAGAUGGUCGCAUGAUCAUGAUUCUAGCCCAUAUUUCCACGGUAAAAUCAGUAUCGCACCUCGAGCGGCUCCAGGUGGAGAAAUUUUAGAGUUAGGGAAGUCUGUGAGCUGUAUACUUAGCCAUUCUGCCUUCACAGAUUCGAGGAGAGCUGUUGUCAUUCGGUUGUUUCCCCCGCACGAUCACAAGAUGUCUAAGGAACAAGGCUCGAAAGUGCAGAAGAGAAAGAAAUCCAUGGACAUGUUUGGUUCCAGAGUAAUAAGUGAUGAAAAUCAUGAAGAAGACACAGGAACCUCAGAUUGUCUCCCUAAUCCCCAACCCCCUCCGGGUAAAUAUAGCAGCAUUCCAGAUGGCUAUUACAAACUCGUCGUUCGAUGCGGCUCAGGCUGGAUGUCUGCUCGCGAAUACUUCAACAAAUUACACUUCUCCAGCCUGCUUGUCCAGAAAACACUCAGCCCUUCCACCCCCAACAAUGGAUCACUCGACAAAAUCCUCGCUAAUCGAUCCAAAACCCUCGGUACACCACCCCGACUAAAAGAUACCGUUCCAAUCCAACCGCUCUUUCACCCAUUUACGCGUCUACCCCCAGAACUGCAAGAACUGAUCCUCUUCACCGCAACCUCCCUCUUUGGAACAUACAAUAUGUGUAACGACACGCGCCUCUUCCCGCAACCUGACUCAAACAAUGCACAGCUCAGCACAAGCAACCUUCAGUCCUCACAGUCCUGCAUCAGUCUCUCCACUCUCCUCCUCAUUUCCCCGCACCUAAAUCGUGCACUGAUACCCUACAUCUUCGCCGCAACCACCUUUCACUUCGGUCUCACCGGCUUCACAAACUUUCUCUGGCAGGCUGGGCCCCAGAACCGGCCCCGUAUCCGACGUCUAGCAUUUCACUUUGGCAAAUCAGCAUUGCUGCAUUGUGUCCGAUGGCUCGCGCCUGAUCAUGUAUUUGAGCUGUUUGAACCACCGGUUGUCACAACGCCGCAGAGCUUGCAGUAUUUCUGGCGCUGUCAGAUCCAAGACUUGGCAAAUGAAGUGCACCUCCUCUCGCUCACGGUCGAUGUUAGGAACAUGCCGGUGCAGGACUUGGGUAUGGUGGUGAAGAUAUUGAAAGUCGUGUUCGGCACUGUGGAGCGGGUGCGGUUUGUGGAGACGGAGAGGAACGGCAGGGUAAAGGUGCUGGAUGAGGAAGAUGAGAGGGUGAAGAUGGCGAUGGAAGGGGGCACUUGGAGAGAAAUGUGCAGGGGGUAUUUUCAGCGAUAUAGUAGGCAUCAGUAUUUGAUGAGAUUUGAGCUGGUGGGCGUGGACGGUGCAGUGUUGGAGGAGAGGAUGGAGGAAAGGGCCGCCGAGUUCAAUGUUUGA